CUUUUAGUCACACAAGCCGAGUAACAGACCGUCUCAUACUCAUAGUUGGGAGUCGCAAUAAGAAGAGAAAACAGAGCAAGAGUGUUAAAGCAGAGAAAAAGAUAGUGAAGAAGAAGAAAACGGCAUCACAAGCUGUAGAGUGUUCAAGUUGUGGGAAUGAUAAUUAUGCUUCCUCUCGUUCGCCUCUUUGUUCUAAUCACAUACAAUCAAAGGAGGAGGCCAUUUCAUCUGUCCUUGGUCAUAAUUCUACUAUUUUUGAAAGAAACCUUCCUGUCGACCGUGCCGUUUUGUCACAGUUUCGUGAAAAGUUCGAGAAAAGGGUCAUUUAGUGCUGCAAGAACAUUAGAGCUAUAGUGUUCCGCUGCCAACUAUUUGUCAAUGCCUAUCUCGUUCAUAACAAGAAUGACAUUCCUUCGAAAGUCUUCCCACAGCAAUUUUGGUAUUCCAUUGCGCAACUUAUUACGUUGAACGACAGCAUCAAAACUUAUUUUGAUGACUUUAAACAAAAGCAUCCGACAAUAGUACUUAGUCAUGGCUUCACCAAACGUUAUAGUCAUUGUCUCACAGAAGCUGCCAAGGAAAUAAGCGUUUCAUAUACUAACUUCAUUGUUGAGCUUUUUGAGAAGCGAAUGCUUAAAUAUUUCCUGCUUCUGUCAUCUAUUUCCUGCUUCUGUCAUCUAUUUCCUGCUUCUGUCAUCUUUUUUCCUGCUUCUGUCAUCUAUUUCCUGCUUCUGUCGUCUAUUUCCUGCUUCUGUCAUCUAUUUGACUUAUAA